AUCGGUCUGUAGGGUUCCCCCAGUGACGCCCAUACGACCUGAAAAUCAACUAUUAGCUACGUUAUUAACUAGUCACAGGGUGUGUGAAAUACCGGUAAACGUUAUUGAACAUUUUGUUUUCCUCCAGACUGUUGCUCGUUAAGACCCGGUGUCUCGGCUCGGAAACUGUUCCUCCAUCCAGGGAUGACAAAUGUGUUGUACUCCGAAUUGUCCCGUUAUCUCCACUGUUAAAACUAGACGUUUGAAAAAUGACGGGAAUUUAUUUUAAACCUAUUGGUUUAACAGUAAUGGUACAACUGGGGAGUACAACUCAUUCCCCACCCCUGGUUUGAGGUACGUUUCCCGAAGCCAUAAUUGAAUAAUAUAAACAUGAAAGUGUUUUGUCGGAUCUGCUGGCCAGCGUCUGGACCAGCGCUACAAGAAGAGCAGCAAAACUAAUCCAGAACCGCUCUGACUGGGACUCGAGUUGGUUUAGAGGAGCUAUCACAUGGAGCCAUCGGGACAGGAUGCCAACGACCACGGCCAAAACUCAGUUGGCGACGGUGAGCACCCAUGGGAGGUAACAGACAUGACCAGGUUCCGCCGCUUCAUCUGCUACGGCUCAGAAAUGGCCAUCUAUGACACCAAGGAGCACCGGUUGGGCAUGGAGAGUGCCCUGGCUCUACUCUCCCUGCUACAGGAGGGCAGGGGUUGCGAGGUGGUGGAGGAGGUCAAAAGGCUGGCUCUGGAGGGCAGGCCAGUCAGGGCCAACCCUUCCCUGUUUGCCUUAGCUGUGUGCUCCCAACAUUUGGACCUGAAUACCAGACAGGGGGCGUUCCGAGCCCUGGGUGACGUGUGCCGGGCCCCCGAGCACCUCUUCACCUUCAUCCAAUACAAGAAGGAAGUGAAAGAGAGGAUGCAUUGCGGGAUAUGGGGAAGGGCCCUGAGGAAAGCGGUAUCGGAUUGGUACAACAAACAGGAUGCCAUGGGUCUGGCUCUGGCGGUGACCAAGUAUAAAACGAGAGAGGGCUGGUCGCAUCAGGAUCUACUCAGACUCUCCCAUGCCAAGCCUGCUAAUGAAGCGAUCGUGUUGAUCAGUAAAUACGUUAUGAAAGGAUGGAAGGAGGUCCAGGGGGCGUACGCCGACAAGGAGAACUCGGAGGAGGUGAUCAAAGUCCUCUCAUACCUGGAAGCGGUUGAGAAGGUCAAACACAGUGCAGACGAGAUGGAGGUCAGUCAUCUAAUAGAGGAGCAUAGUCUGGAGCGGGAACAACUACUGACAGACCACCUGAAGUCCAAAGUGGUAUGGAAGGCAUUGUUAAAGGAGAUGCCCAUGGAGUCAAUGCUAAGGACCCUGGGUAAGAUGACCGCAGACCAAGUCCUGGAACCAGGAAGCUCAGACGUGGCAGAGGUGUGCGAGAGGAUCCAGAGUGAGGCGGCUUUAAAGAAGGCAAAACUCCACCCUUUCAGCGUCUUGACAGCCUCGGAAAACUACAAAAGGGGACAAGGCAACCGGGGGAAAGUGAAAUGGGAACCAAACGUUGACAUCAUAAAAGCGCUGGACUCUGCUUUCUACAAAUGUUUCACAAACGUGGAGCCGGCGGGGAAGCGCUUUGUGGUGGCGGUGGACAUUAGCACAUCACUGAGCAGCAUCGUUAAGGGGACCUCCGUCAGCACAGCUGUAGUGGCUGCAGCCAUGACCAUGGUUUUUGCGCGGACGGAGGCAGAGACACAGGUUAUGGCCUACUCUGAAGGAACUAUAGUUCCUUGCACCAUCACUGAAGGCAUGUCUCUUCGACAAGUAGCAACUGAGCUGGUCAAGAUCCCCAGUGGUUAUACAGACUGCGCUCUCCCCAUCCUGUGGGCCUCGGAGAAGAGGAUCACUGUGGACAUGUUCAUCAUAUUCACCAACAGUGCCUGCUGGCACGGCGAGGCCAAUCCAACGGAGUGUCUGAGGAUGUACAGACAUAAAAUGGGUAUCUUCUCCAAACUUAUGGUGUGUGGGUUGACCUCCAACGGCCUAUCCAUCGCUGACCCCGCCGAGGACAGGGGCAUGCUGGACCUCUGCGGCUUUGACCUGGGAGCCAUAGAGGUCAUCCGUAACCUAGCCCUGGACCUGAUCUGAGAACAGAUUCUGGACAGUGCAAAGACGAGAAAGAAAAAUAUGGAGAGAAUUGGUGGAAAUACCUUGAAAUGGAUGUGGCUUGAAACGACGCAGAGAGCAGAUAUUUUUUUUUUUUUUUAAGUUGAUAUUUACAAUAACGAUUUCUUCAAUUUAUCAUAAAUAUCAUGACCACAAAAAAAUGAUACGGUCUCCCUAUUGGUCAUGUUGAGAGGUUAGCAUGUCUUGGGGGUCUGAUGCAUAAUGUGCUUUCAUUUCUAACCAGUAAAACAGAGGAAAAUACUCUCAAAUAAAAAGUGACAUCUGUACUUUUUGGGCUCCCGAGUGGCACAGCCUCUCCGUGCUAGAGCUGUUACUACAGACCCUGGUUAGAUUCCAGGCUGUAUCACAGCCGGCGGUGCACAAUUGUCCCAGCGUCGUCUGGGUUAGAGUUUGGCCGGUGUAGGCCAUCGUUGCAAAUAAGAAUUAGUUCUUAACUGACUUACCUAGUUAAAUAAAUCAAAUAAAUACUCACACCUCAUAUCUAAUAUUUGAGCUCAAAUCCAAAAUACUGGAGUAUAGAGCCAAAAUUCAAAGUUUUAGCUUCACCGUCCAAAUAAAUAGGGGGGUUUAUGUAAGAAGGAAUCCCUGUACACAUCUACCACUGGAGGAUGGCUCAAAAUAAUGGCUGGAACACCGUUUGAUACCAUUUCACUGUUUACACUCCAGUUAUUACUACACGCCUGUCCACCCCAAUUAAGGUGCCACCAAUCUCCUUUGCUAUGUUAUAGCAAGUUUGAUGUGAACAUGGAGCCCUUUUUAUAAUCUAUCCAUUUUUCAUCAUUUAGCAAACUCACUUAUCCUGUGUGACUUACAGGAGCAAAUCAACAGAUGGUUAGUCUGUUCAGGGAUUCAAACCAGUGACCUUUUGGUUAUUAGCCCAAUGUGCUUAACCGCUAGGCAACCUGCCUCCCCUUGUCCCUUUUGUCUUCUUCAAUUGGUCUAAUCACUAUAUAGAAGACUAACCAACUUAUUUUGUUUGAUUGGAGUAUAUAUUUUUUUGUUUUUUUUAUUAGGUCAAACUCAUAAUAGAAUAGACUUGUUGCACUUAAACAUGUAACAUGCGAAUCCAUUUAGUUUAUUUUGCUUUGUCACAAGUCAAAACAAGGAAGUAUUUGACGCCAAGAGAUAAGGGAGUGACUGUCGUCAUUGUCACUGGCAGUUUUUGUCCAACCUGCAAAUUGGUUUAUUCCCUGGGUCAUAUGUUCAUUAGGGCAGACGUUCGAAAAGAUUUUAAAAUCUUGUACAAUGGAAAAUUUAAAAUUAACGUUUCUUAUUGGACAAGUGCAGGAAGUCCCUCCCUGUUUCAAUUGCUUUUCUAUUUGGUGCCUAAUGAUCACGACCCUGGAAUCUAUUGAUUUUAUGCAUUACCAAUGGCUUUUUCUAUUGCUGUAUCAUGUUGUUGAAGGUCAAAACAAGGCCAUUUAGUAGUGUGAAGACUGAAGCUGCUAGACGCACAUUAAAAGUAUUCCAGUGUCGGAGGUUUAUGAUAAACAAGCACUAAUGAUAGAAUGUCAGUUAUACAAAUACUUACUAAUGUUCCAUAGAAACUGACUAGCUACUUUUCCUUUGUAAUAGAUCCCACUGAAUGUACCUUUUUGUCAUACUUGUGUAACACUGUAGAUAUUUAAAAUGCUUUAUUCUUCAAAUAUUGAACAAAUAAAAUGGGAUAAUACUGAAGAUGCUUUACCUUUUAGCAGUCAAUUCAAUGGGAGAAUGAUGGUUGACGCUGACAUAGUGGAAGUGGAAAGUAUUAACUGUGGUUUAUUGAAUUGUUAUUUUCUGUCUUCUGUCAUUUCAGAUCAACCCUAAUUUAGACCCCAAAAAAACAAAUUCAGACCUGGUAACUGAUUUCUAAAAACCUUUUUACUUUGUGUUGAUUUCAUCUGAUCCAAUAUAAAAGUAUGGCACAAAAUAUGUCAGUCUAUUAAAAGGCCCCGCCAGUUCAGAUAGAAGCCCAUCUUUGAGGACAUCGGUUCGAACGUAGUUAACAAAACAUGCUACAUUUGAAAAUGCUCUAGACUCUAAUAAUGCAUUCAUUCUGAGGUAAUAAUACGUUGGAGUCAGUUGCAAUAGUAGAGAAUACAGUGGGGCACAUUGACAGGUGGAGAUAGAAUGGCCACAGUCCAUAUUGAUAGAGAAAGUUGAACUGAAUCAAUUAUAAAUGUAGGCCUUACUGUCCCAUGACUAAUCCAUUUUCUCUUUCAACUGAAAGGUGAUUUCAGUUCAUGUUGCAUGCCAUUUACAUUAGCCAUAGUGUCAAUACAAACCUUAAUAAAGUGUUUC